CUAAUUAAAUCUGGACUGCACCACCGUUCCCUUUUCUUCCCUUUCUCUCUCCUCUCUCAUCCAACCAUAUCGCCCCCUCUCUCUCUCUCUCUCUCUACUACUGCUCCCAAUCUGUCGUCCUGCCAUGCGGAUCCGCCGGCGAGCUUCUUCCUCGCUGCCUCUUUCUCCAGAUCCAUCACGCGCAUCGCGAAAUGGGAGCCUUGGAGGCGAAGGCAGGGAAGCUGGAGAGAGGGAAAAGUUGCACCCGGUUGGGGAUCGGUAUCGUUAUGAUUUAGGGGGGAGGCGUUGCAAUGGACUGCCUGCGACUUGCUCGAGUCCAUGCUCAGAUUCGGGGAGCCACCGCCGCAGUGACAGUAGCGGAAGCAGUAGUAGUAGUGCGCAACGGGGAAGAGGGAAAGAUGGGAUCAAUAGCGGCGAGACGAUGAGUGGCAGUUCAGUCGCUGUAGAUCAUGGAAAUGGGUCAGGGGGAGGAAAGGCCAAGGGGAAGGCGAGGGCGAGAGCCGGCGCUGGCCUGGCUUCUGCUAGCAGUAGUUGCACUAUGGUUGUUCAUGAGGAAGAAACGGAUAAAGGGCUGAAUUUGAACGGGAAGAAACGGCAGCGGAGGAGCCCGGCGGUGCUGAUGGAGGGUUCACGGUGCAGCCGCGUGAAUGGAAGGGGGUGGCGGUGCUGCCAGCAGACGCUCGUCGGCUACUCUCUCUGCGAGCACCAUCUCGGCAAAGGACGGCUCAGGAGCAUGAGCGCUUCCGCGAGAGGUCAAUUGGGGACGAGUAAGCCUAGAUGGGGCAGCGUCGAUGCAAGGAACGGUACCACUUUAUCCCGCCAUCAAAAGGUGGAGGAGGAAUUAGAGGAAGUAAAGCAAAGGCUGCAGCAGUCGGAUGAUGAUCCCUGCAAUAUUGUUAUCACUGAUAGUAAUGGAGCUGAUAAGAUAGCAGAAGAAGAGGGGGAUGAGGCGGAGAUGACGAGUAGCAAGAGGAAGAAGAUUGGAGUGGUGAAGGCUCGGAAAAUCAGUAGUUUGCUCGACUAUUCUGACCACUCGAUGCUGUCACACGCGCAGGAAGUUGCCUUGUUGCCUUCAACUAAUGGCAUUGGCAACGAUGAACAUUCAAGACCUCUCCACUAAACACCAGUCUUUGAAGUGAAUGAGGUGUGGAGCCUUCAAUCUGAUGGUGUGAAGCUGUCACUAGAUAUCAUUUUCCACUAAAAAGUGAUGGUUGCACAUGAGAGCUUACCUGCAGCAAAUUAAUGGUUUAUUCUUCUUUUUCACCUGUUUCUUUAGUAGAAAAUUAAGAUUUAUAUUAAUUGUCUGUUCGCUGGUGAAAUCUGGAAGAGAUUCCAUGAUUACCACCAAGAUAAUGGACUAUCCAUAUAAUUGUAAUAGGUUUGGAGAAAAUAACCAUACUUCAUCAUCAUCUUUACUAUUGGACGAAUAUUUAAUCUUUUUAAUAAAGCAUCAUUAAAGGAGAAUAUAUACCCACCAUUUUGAAUCUCAUGCUCAUUAAUAUUCUUCUUCUAAAGAUAAUCCAUCUCUUUCUUUCACAGGAAGUGGCUCAAAAGUAGCAUCCAAUCACUUUCUUCUAUUGAAAGUAAGAGAGAGAUUAAUAUUAUUAAAAGCAAGAAAAAAAAGAUAAUUAAGUUAUCUUUCACAAUUGAAUAACAAAAAGGCGUACACCAACUUUUUAUAUCAAGUCACUUUUGCUAAGCCAUUCUGUCAAUUGAUGUUCUUAUUACGACUUUGAAAGGGUCAGGGAUUCCCUGACUUAGAUAAUAUGGACAUCAAUGGGUUUCUUGUGCAAGUUUUGGUGUUCUUGGACACCAAUGAUACUGUUUUCUGCUGCUCCGUGGGACUGUGCAAUCCUUCGCCACCAGGUUCUGCUCCAAUAAGUUUCUUCUAAUUCCAAUCUCACUCAUCCUUUCCAUGUUUGGCUUAUCAUGUCUAUUGAUCAAAGGAUAUUGUUGGAUUGCCUUUGUGUUUCAUUUAUGGUUGGUCUCUUCAAUUUUUAUGGCUUCUUCCUCAUCCAUCAGGUUUGGCCAACACUUCUCAGCUGUUCAACUUUUUCUUUCCUUGAUAUAUGCAGCUUCCUUUUUGUCGAGUAGCCAUGUUUUUUUGUCUUGAGU